AUGAAAAACAACAUAGUCAUCCUCGACAAUGGUGCUAGUACAAUUAAAGCAGGUAUUGCUUCAGGCGUCCUCGCCGAACAAGAGGCUGUGAGACUUGUUCCAAAUGCAAUCGUGCGCUCUAAAGGUGACAAGGCCACCUAUUUUGGUCAUGAAAUCGCAAAAUGCAAAGACUACUCCUCACUGCACUACCAAUUACCUUUCGAAAAGGGAUACAUUGUCGAUUGGGAUGCAGAAAAAGCUAUCUGGGAUGGUGUAUUCUCUCAAGAGGUUCUAGGGGUCAAUACGACCGAGUCCAGUCUUAUUUUAACAGAACCAUACUUCAAUCUUCCGAACAUUCAAGAAAUAUACGACCAGUUCGUCUUCGAAGAAUACGAGUUCUCUUCGUAUCACCGAUGUACUCCCGCAUCUUUGAUACCUUACGGGAAGCUAUUAGGAAUGCCUCCGUCCGAGUGUAUGCUUAUUGUGGACUCGGGAUUCAGCUUCACACACGUUGUGCCGAUGAUCAACAACAUCAUUUCAUGGCCUGCCGUCAAAAGACUGGACGUCGGCGGAAAACUACUCACAAACCAAUUGAAGGAAUUGAUAUCUUUUCGUCAGUGGAAUAUGAUGGAAGAAACAUACAUCAUGAACCACGUUAAAGAGUGUUGCUGUUAUGUAUCGACAGACUUCAAGAAAGACAUUGAGACGAUGCGGUUUGAUUUAGACAACCCCAUCGUACAGAAGUACGUUCUUCCUGAUACGUCAACGAGCAGAAAGGGGCGCUUGAUUGAGCCCGGAGAUAUGACCCUUGGUUCAGAACAAGUCCUCGUUAUGAAGAAUGAGCGUCUUUCGGUGCCAGAAAUAAUCUUCCGGCCGGAUGAUAUUGGCCUAAAUCAAUCAGGACUUGCGUCGACAAUUGCGGAGUCAAUAGCAUGUCUGCCUGAGGACCUGCAGCCCAUGUUCUGGGAAAACAUUGGUCUCAUUGGAGGUAACAUUAAAUUCCCAGGCUUCCGAGAACGACUUUUGUCAGAGCUUCGACCUCUUGCUCCCAUGUAUUGUGAAGUGAGAGUACACGAAUCUACCGAUCCCAUUACAGAGGCCUAUCAGUCAGCAUAUGAAUUUUCUACUCGGCCAGAUUUUUCCAAUCAUUGUCUCACACGCGCUGAGUACUUGGAAUGCGGAAGUAAUGGCUCACGCAGGAAAUUCCGUGAUUGGAAGAUGCAAGUGGACAUUUUAUCCGCGAACGAAUUAAGGUCGCAAGAUGAUCAUCCUCAGCAUGUCAAUAAACGACCACGGGGUAGACCACCGGGAAACGCGGUGUUUACUACUCGAAAGCAGGGUUAA